AUGUUCGAUGAAGCGCAUGGGAUCACAGAGGAUCAAAGGUUCCGUCCUGCCUAUGAGGAUGCGAUCCACAAACUCUCAUGGCUCCAAGAUGCACCAAUCAUUUUCACAUCAGGCACGAUGUCCCGGGACUUCACGUCUGAGUUCUGGAAGGCUCUGGAUAUCUGGUAUCUGCCAGACGAGGCUUUCAUGGUGCUUGACAUUGGCCAAGAGCCUCAGAUGACAGAUUCGCCAGCCCACAAGGAGGAGUGGAAUCUCAGUUGGCGUGCAUCCACCGUCGGGGUCCUCUGUGAGGCAGAGAGGGGCUUGAAAGGAGACGAGCGGGGCCUGGUGUUUUUCGUGGGCAAGAGCGAGUGCAUGGAGUGGGCGGGGCACUUGGACUGCUCAUACAUCACCGCUGAUGUUCCACCCCAGCAGCGUUUCGAGGAUUGGCGUAGAGGGAAGCAACAGAUCCUGUGUCUCAACAAGGCAGGCUACUAUGGUUUUGAUUACUCUGCGGUAGCGUUUUCGAUCUUCGUUAGUCAACCGUUUUCAAUCAACGACUUCUACCAGAGUUCUGGGAGGGUAGCUUGA